AUGUUCGAAGACGGCGGCGAUGAGUCUCAGUACUUCAUGUCGCGCCUGGACUUGGGGGGUGUUGGUGGCGGCGGUGCUGAUGAUGCGGAGACCAUCCCAGGGAUCAUGGAUGUCGACACCGCCCAAGGGAAUCUUGACGAGCCGGGGCUCUUGGUCAAGAAGUUGCAUGAGGAGUUCGAGCCCAUGGUGUGCGAGAUGGGGGGGCCACGUAAAUACAUCAUGAGUGUCUUGGAUGGGGUUCAACAGCAGGGGAAGUUUGCCGAGAAUACGUUCCCGGAGAAGGAUGACGCCUUCUAUUGCCAUGGCACAGACAUCCCCACGGUGAAGGAUGAGGAAGAGUUGAAAACGUCUUCUGAAAGCAUCAGCUCGGUGCACGUGGCCGCAUUGGGAUACAUGGACUCAGUAUCCUUGAAGCCGCCGCCGGGCACGCAGAAAUUCAGCAAGUUGCUCGACCAGAUGUGCGUGGACGGGUUCGUCACAGGCUCAGAGCCAUUGUACAUCACGAUGCCACAGGAGCUGUCAGACUUGCCCCUUCCGCGCUUCUGGUCCAACCCUCGUAAUCAGGCAAUAGAAACGCUUGAAACAAUUUGUGACCACAUUGAGGCUUUAACGCUGGGGACGGCAUCUCUCGGCUACAUCAAGGGGAACGCGCGCACGGCCACGUUGAUUUCGAUCCUCGUGUGGUUGUGGGACCACGAUGUUGACAUCAAGACUGUUCACCCGAAGUUUUACGAGUCUGUCCGCGAGAUACGCGUGGUCAGGUUCGAGUGCGCCUCCCUUUUGAGCCAGGCGCUCCUCAACAUGAAGUUUUCUGUGCGCGGGAGCAUACGAACCUCCAACAACAUUAUCCAGUGCACCAUCAUGAUUAAGAACCUUGCCAAUGCCAACGCGUGCGGCCCCACUGAGUUCGUGAAGAAGUGGAACCAGCAGUCGGGCCAACAGCACAAGUUCACUGCCAAGAGGGUGACGAGCCUCAAGCUGUUGUUCGAGACUGCGCCCCCAGGAGCGCUUCAAUCAAUUCUUGCCCACGUGGAGGAGCACGGCUGGGAGAACUGCUGCUGGAGCGACGACAACCUGUCGAACAAGAAACUGUACCCGGACCACACAUUCUCCACCGGCUCCAAGAAGAACUGGGCUGGGCGCCUCAGGACUUCAGCAGAGAGCAUGCUACUGGCCGUGCAACGCGCGCACACCGUGCACAAUAUGAAGCCGUCCUUCAUGCGGAGGAAGUUUGACAACACGAUGGUGGAGACCAUCAGCAUGCGCGCCGCGUUCGUAUUAUCGGUCGCAGCCGAGUUCACGAGCUGUACCCCUGUGCCGGAGGAGCAGGCGCGCAAGGACUUCGUUGACUCAUGGGCGAAGGGUUCGGAGCAGAUCGAUAUGGAGUUGUCCAGCGUGCUCGCUGAGAUGCCAGAGGACAGUGGUACCAAACUUCAUGUAACAGUAUAA